CCGACGAACCAGCGGCCCGUUGCACCAGCUUCGUCUCGUAUGGAGGACAACAAUUAUGCAGCCACCCGCAGGGCUGACCCUUCAGGUCCCCAUAAGCUGAAUCCUUUGACGAAAGCCCCUUCGACCCGCGGCGUUGCGGAUCUCAUCUUCCAGCCGAACUUAUUUCCCGCUAAUGUUUAAUGAUCUUGGUCCCAUUCAGGGAACCCUGUUCACAACUUUCUCCCCGCGACAACCAUAAUUCCAGGAAACUUGUCCUGUCCUUGCACCUCGAAGCCAUGGAUUUCGACGCGAAUCGAUGGCGAUUCAGCCUCCAAACUUUUGUGGCCGCGGCAUCCAUCGCGGUCCAUGCGUCUUUCGCGCAAGAAUGCGCGUAUAAAGGAGGAUGGGCGCUUCGAAACGAUAGGUCAUGUCCGCCGAGCGCACCUGUCGAGUGUGGCACAGGAGCGCAGCCGAGAUGCUGCCCCUCGGGCUUCAAAUGCACUGGAGAUGGUGACUACGUGGGCAACUACUGUUGUGAAGGUUGGUAAACGCUGUUUCGACACUUCAAUCAACAUGAUCCUGAUCCCAGAUCAAUAGAUCCUUCUGACUGCAGGGAC